UUUUUUUUUCCUAUCCCUGUGUGUGCACACUGCUUGCCUUACAAGCCGUGCAGGCUCUGCCAUCUAGAGCACUUUGUGAGAUCACUCCACUUUGCUGUUUUUCCUUCUUCCCUCUCUGCGUGGCUGUGUGUGUCUGUGUCUCCCUGCCUCUCUUCCCCCCUCAGUCCAGCUCAGCCCCCGAGCCCAGCACACACACACACACACACACACACACACACACACACACAGCAGCUGGGCUUGCUUCUAUCAACUUGAAGACUUGCAGUGCUGAAAUGCAUGUCUUACCUUGGGAUGCACUAGGAUCAGAAUGCUCAAAAAGCCUGCAGGCUGCUUAGUCCUCCAAGACUGGCUUUUUUUUUUUUUUUAAUCACACAGGAAAAUAACAAGUUAUUCACUCUUUUUUAUUCUCUUUCUUUUCCUGUUUUUUCCUUUCCUUUUUUCGUGCUUUGGAUAUAACUGGACAAGGAGUCUCAGGGAUUGACACACUCGGACUUCACUGAAUCAGGCUGCAUCUGACAAACAAUCUUGUCUACAUUUUGGUUUGCUAGAGAUCAACUGGGAUUUUUCUGAUUCUAUCUUCUCUUGAAAAAAAGGAUGCAUGGAAUAGAAAGAAGGUCUAAAUACCUGUCUGAGACUAUUUUACCAAACCUGGGAUAAAUGUUACUUCUCAAAGGUACUGUAGCGUGAUUUACAAUGGAAAAAUUGCUCUGCGGCAUCCUGGUGUUUGGAAUGGCUGUCACAGUCAAUGCUUGUCCCAAAUAUUGUGUCUGUCAGAACCUGUCUGAGUCACUGGGGACUUUGUGUCCCUCCAAGGGUCUCCUUUUUGUACCGCUAGACAUAGACCGAAGGACUGUUGAACUCCGUCUUGGGGGCAACUUUAUUAUCAAUAUCAGCCGACAAGAUUUUGCCAAUAUGUCUGGACUUGUUGACCUUACUUUGUCCAGAAACACCAUUAGUUACAUACAGCCCUACUCCUUCACCGACUUGGAGAGCCUUCGAUCUUUACAUCUGGAUAGCAACAGGUUGCCUGAGAUUGAAGAGGAUACUUUAAGAGGUUUAAUUAACCUUCAGCAUUUGAUUUUAAACAACAACCAGCUAAGCAGCAUUUCUGAUGAAGCCUUUGAGGAUUUUUUACUGACUUUGGAAGACUUAGACCUUUCCUACAAUAACCUCCGAAGCAUUCCCUGGGAAUCUAUAAGAAAGAUGAUAAACUUGCACCAGCUCAGUUUAGAUCACAACCUAAUAGAUUAUAUAACAGAGGGGACAUUUGCAGAUCUUCAGAAAUUGGCCAGAUUGGAUCUAACAUCCAACAGACUUCAGAAGCUCCCCCCUGACCCUAUAUUUGCCAGAUCACAAGUAAUUCCAUUGGUUGUUACCCCUUUUUCACCACCUCUGUCCCUCAGCUUUGGGGGAAAUCCACUGCAUUGCAACUGUGAGCUGCUGUGGUUAAGGCGGCUUGACAGAGACGACGACAUGGAAACUUGUGCUUCUCCUCCAAGUCUAAAGGGAAGGUACUUCUGGUACGUACGGGAAGAGGAGUUUGUUUGUGAGCCUCCUCUUAUUACACAACAUACUCACAAGCUGCUGGUUUUGGAGGGGCAAACUGCCACGCUGAAGUGCAAAGCCAUUGGGGACCCCAGCCCCAUCAUUCACUGGGUGGCCCCUGACGACCGUCUCAUCGGAAACUCCUCGAGGACAGCUGUCUAUGACAAUGGCACCCUAGAUAUCCACAUCACCACCUCCAAGGACUACGGGACUUUCACCUGCAUAGCAGCCAAUGCUGCAGGAGAGUCCACUGCAACCAUUGAGCUCUCAAUUGUCCAGCUCCCCCAUCUCAGCAACGGCACAGGCAAAGCAGCUCCACCGAAAUCCAGGCUCUCGGACAUCACCAGCUCCACCAAGACCAAUCGUGGUGAAACAAAAGGUCCACCAGAAAGGGCUGUCCUGGUGUCAGAUGUGACCACUACCUCAGCUUUGGUCAAGUGGACAGUCAGCAAGUCGGCCCCUCGGGUAAAAAUGUACCAGCUGCAGUAUAACUGCUCAGAUGAUGAAGUCCUGAUCUACAGGAUGAUACCAGCUACAAACAAGGCCUUUGUUGUAACCAACCUUGUUUCUGGAACAGGCUAUGACCUCUGCGUCCUGGCAAUGUGGGAUGACACGGCCACAACCCUUACUGCCACCAAUAUUGUGGGAUGUGCCCAGUUCUUCACCAAAGAAGACUACCCUCAGUGCCAAUCGAUGCACAGUCAGUUCCUGGGUGGGACCAUGAUUCUGAUCAUUGGGGGCAUCAUUGUGGCCACUCUGUUGGUGUUCAUUGUAAUCCUCAUGGUCCGCUAUAAGGUCUGCAGCAAUUCCCAGGGCAAGAUGUCGAACGUCAGCAACGUCUACUCGCAGACGAACGGAGCACAACCGGUUCAGAACGGAGUCUUGCCCCAAGUCAAUCCCAAAGUGGUGGUGAGAAAUGAACUUAUGGAGUUUAACUGUCAGUCUGCACGGAGCAGCAUCUCCUCGUCCUCCAGCUCUGCAAAUAGCCGUGACUGUGACAACUACAGCCUCCAAAGUGAACAGGGCACAUUGUCCAGUAAAUGGAGGCCUCCUUCCCGGUCAAAACACAAUAUUGACCGGCUAAUGGGAGCUUUUGCCUCCCUGGAACUGAAAUGUCAGAAAAAGGAGGAGAUGACAGACUCCAGAACUUCCACGGUGGCCCGCCACACGGACAAAGAGCCACUGCUGGGCCAGACAGAGUCCAAAUUCCGCAGCUUCCUCAUGUUGCCUCUGGAGGGCAAAACUAAACGUAGCCAUUCUUUUGACAUGGGGGACUUCGCCACAUCUCAGUGUUGUACCUACCCAAAAAAGAUAACGAACAUUUGGACAAAGAGGAGCCUCUCGGUCAACGGCAUGCUUUUGCAGUAUGAUGACAAUGACCUAACAGGGGCCAAAGGGACUUUUGGGAGCUCAGAGUGGGUAAUGGAAAGCACGGUGUAAAUAUCAGCGUCUCCCCGCUUCUCUUCUCCCCUCAUGUGUUAUAAAGCACGGUUUGCUUCAGGGCCGUGCAAUUGGAAAGAGAGGGGAGGAAACAUUUUCUGUUGUACUGGCCAAAAAGAUAGGCAAGCAAGUUACAGGAAUAGUAAAAGAGAAAGAGGGUCAUGAAAUGUGAAUAGGCACAUACGGUACCAUUCCUGUCUGGCCCCAACUAAACCAUGCGUGAAUGUUUCAAGGAAUUUGCUAGUUGUAUUUAGCAUUGCUUUCCAAAAGUUACUCGGACUCCUGGUGAACUUCCACACAAGAUUAAACAAGGAGGAUGAAAAGGGAUUUAACAGCAGAAUUUUAAUUUUACAGGGUUUCUUUUUACUUUCUUUCUUUGUUUUUGUUUUUGUUUUAAUGGCACCUCUUUUUUGUUGUUUUUGUUUGUUUGUUUGUUUUUAACCACAGAAAUACACUUCUGUGGAUAUGACUGGUGCUAGGAUAUAUCUGGUUGUCAUUCCAAGGAAUUUUCUCAAAAGUGCAGGCAGGGCACCCACAGGGGCAGAUCAGACUAAAUUGUUCAGCAUAAUCUCAUGGUCUUAACUGUGACAUCAGGGCAAACUAUAUUUGUUGUUGAAUGGACUUUGGGUUGGUAUUUAAUUAUUUCUCUUCUUUUUUGAUUUGUUACUGCUUUUGAGUUGCUUUUUUCCCACAACACAAGGUAAGUUUCCAUGCAUAUUUUGCUUUGUUUUCAGCCUCAUCAAAUCCCCCAUAUGGAAAGGAGGAUAUGUGCAAAGGUCAAAUAUCUGAUGUACUGUAUAACCCACUUCUAUCUAAUACCAUCCCUUUUUGUCCUAGGAAAAGUUUGAUCUAGGGACAAAUAAUAAUAAUAAAAAUUAAAAAAUCCUCUUUCUUCCAUCUCCCUCAUAACCUCUUAUUGUCAAUGCUCAAGGCAGAUUGCAUGAAAUAUUGAUAUCUGUAGGGGUGUUGCUAUCAAAGAUGGGGAAAAUAGUUAUCACCAUACCCUAAUAAAGGAUAAAGAAAGGGAAAACUAAAGAAGCUACUGGGAGCUCUCCACAUUAUGGAUAGCAGUGGCUUCUGGUAGGGGGCAUGCUCUCACUCCACUAAAAUGAGAGACUUGCACCCUAUAUGACAAUAACUCCUUGUCUGUACGGUCACCAUGGCAUGUCUUGACUGUACCAGUAACAUCAGGCACAUUAAGUUUCUGUAUAUUUCAGGGGAUGGGUUAUGUUCCAAAUUAGCCACAGAAGCUAACUAAAAUUUGGGUAUCACAGAGGAGGGGAUGUCCCAUGAAUCCCCUACAUUACACAAAUCCCUUCUCCAGUCUGGUGCACUCCCCUGUCUCUCAUCCUCAGGAAGACACAUAUAACAGGAGCUCUUCAGGGUUUGUAAAUGGAUUCUCAAAUUGGCUUUGGGGAACAUUGCUGUGAUUGUAGGAAUACACAUGGCCCAUCCAGCAGAAUUUAUUUUCCUUACCAAUUUUACUGUGAUUUCUAGCAUUCUGCUGGCUACUGCAACUGUCCUGUCAUUUGUUUAUUUAUUCGUUUGACCAGCUGUUGGGAACCAUUCUGAAAUUGCACAUUGUUACUAUGAUUUUGUAAAAGAUGUGGAGAAAGUAUGCAAGGCACAGAGAAAAUAACACAUGAAAAAACUCUAUGUAUAUUUUUUUUAAAGGUUCAGAGAUAUAUUGUGACAUGGCUGUGUACUUGAUCUUGUAUUCGUCAUGUUUCCUACUUGGAGUUUUAGAUAACGACAUCCCUGUGAUCAGAAUAUUUUUCCUUUAUUUUCUUUCUCUCUCUUUUUUUUCUUUUUUUUUUUUUUUUUGCUACAAAAUGUACAGUAAAAAAACAUCCUUGGGAAAAAAAAAAGUCCCUGCUUUUCAUUUAUUUGUUAUUCUGUGGUCCGCUUUGAAACCUAAGAAAUAAUUAUUUUUUAAAUUAUCUUUAAAAUUUAGACAUUUGCUUUGUCUUUCCCAAAAAAUGUCUUUGACUUCAGGAUUUUGGGUAUAAAGCAGGAAUAAAAAAAUAUAUACCUUUUUGGACUGCAUAAGAAGAGGUUUGUAAAAGGCAUUUCACCUCUUUUUCUGUUGUUACAUUUAUACAAGUCUAUAUUACUAGAGUACUCUAAACCCUGAUCUAAAAUCUGCAGACAGAAGAGGCAGCAUUUUUAGACUUAGGACGUGACUUUCUCUAAGUUUUUGCUCAGAUUCUUGCUCACCAGCAGCAUUAAUAGAUUCAAGAGAGAGCCAGUCAAACUUUGUUUGGAACAUUUUUCAAACUCCCUGUUUUUCUCACACUUUCUGAGACGAAUGACACCUCCAGUGCCAGAAUCUACAUAAUCCAACUGUCCAGAUGGCAGUUCAUAUUAACCAUUAAUGACAUGUACAUUUAUGUUGCACUGAAAACUCUUCAAGAAGUUCUUGUAGUGAGUUAGUAAUUUUCUUUGCCUUUUUCCACUGUGGUGCAAUUGGAUUUUUUAUGUUGCUACUUUGCUCUGACCAUGACAUCUGGGUUGUUUUUAAUUUAGAUAUUGAGUUCAUCUUAAAUAUUAGUAACAUAUGCAGCCAUGAAUUUUCAAAGUAUAUCAUAUACUCAAAGAGCAAUACUCUUUCACAUUCUCAUAUAAAAUUAAAAGAAGUAAGCCAACAGAUGCAGUUUUAAAAUAAUGGAUAGUUGCCAAAGAACCAAGGUAAUAAAUUUCACACUCUAGCAGCUGCAUUUAUUAUGGUUAAUCAUAAUAUUAAUUCAUUUAGCUUUAAUGAAUAAGGCUCAAUCCACACCAGCUGAUUUGAAAAUACUGAGUAAAAUUAAACAAGUGCUGGGCAAUUACCUUUUGUGCUCGCAGUACUUGAGAAGAAGAGGAUUCAGGGACUCAGAGGUGAGGCAGGGAGUUGAGUCAGCAAGUGGCCAGCCCUCAGGAAGAGCUGGGGCUACUUAUGGGUUGUGAUCAUCCUUUAAGUGCCAUCAGUCACUGCCCUACUGUCGGAAUCUGUGGUAUUGAUGAUUUCAAGAUUGUAGAAAGUCUCUGUCUUUCAGCCCCGUUGCCAAAGCAGAAGCCAUAAUUCAUCUGUGCUGGUUUCAAGGUUGUUUAUUCUGUUUAUCUCUAACAUGUUCUGCUGCCCUGCCGCAGCUCUGUCCUGCAGGGCAGCGUGUGGGGCUCUGCCCUCAGUGGGAUGGUACAAACAUUAAAUACCAGAAGCUACCUGUGCUGGAUUUACAAUAAUGUGCCAAUAUCUGUCACCUACGUUGAACAGUGUGUCCCCAGCCUGAACCAAUAGAAAAAUGCCAACACCACAGUGAAACAUGGAGGGCAUGAAGAAGGAGGAAAAGGACAAAACACACCCAAUUUCUUCCAUCUUGUCCCCUUUGGACCCCUAAUCUAGAAUCCUAAAAUUUUACUUUUGCACCCGUGCCACACUUAAUUAUUACUUAUAUCAAACACUCAGAGCUGGUAAUUCAUCCUGUAAGAUUGAAAACUCUUUUCCAUGGACAGAGAUCACAGACAGUGUCUCUGGGGGCUCUGUACAGGGGGGUUCCUGACCCCCUGCCAGGGUCCCAGACCUUCCAGGGCAGCCAGAGGGAUUCCCUGGAUUCCCACACCCUACUUCCACUAUCAACAAAGCAGGCCUUUGGAAUUAUCCUGUGGCUUCCUCUGAAUCCCUCUGAGAGCUGCUGAAGGCAGCUCUGUAGUUUGGGUUACAUUCUGAACACCUGCCCUAAUUGCUAAAGUGAAAUUAAAGCCCCAGGGUCCUCCACACACAAUCUGACCAAUCUCUACCUUGCCUUUGUUUUCCUGUGUGUACCUCACUCAGCACCCCUGGGUUUGAUUAUUCUUCUCGAGUGCUGCCAUAGUACCAUAAUAGGGAUUCUUUUUUUACCUCACUUCUGAGCACAACCACACAUCAGUUCUUCCUGAAAUGAUAAAAAAAAAAGAUGCCCCUUUACUUGGUGCAAUAAAUAUUUUCACUCAUCAUUGAGGAGCUGAGAUAGCUUUAAUGGCCUAGCCCGCUCAUCUCAAAAGAGAAAAGAAGAGACAACUUCUACACUGAGAAGUUUAUACGGUGUCUCUCAAGUUAAUAUCAAGUCUGAUGUGCAGCUGCACCAACCAUGUUUUAGAGGCAAAGGUCAGGUAGUGCAGAUAGUAAGGAAAACAAGAGAUAUCAACAGAAGUCUUCAGAAAAGAGAAAUCUGAGAAAUUAGGGGGACUAGAAAAUUUAAAGUGAAGUCUAUGAGAAUAAUUAAAGACAUCUGCAUAUGCAUAUGUAAAUCCUGUAAGUUAAUUUUUGAGGUGUUUUAUAAUAGUGGAACUAGCUUUUUUUCCUAAAAAUGUAUGUCAUUUUCUUGAAACAAGAAGAUAUGAGUCUACUGUUAAAUUACACAGUUAGGCCUGCUAAAAAUCCAACAGAAAUCCCCAAAAUAUCAUCCUAUCAUUCUGGAGAAUAUUAAACAAGAUGACAAAAUGGAAAUUUCUGAAAGUAGUGAUUAUGUGGAUUUCAUUUGAUGUCUGCUAAGAACCAAAUGGUUGUAU